UUACAGCCAAAGAACGUUAAAAUUGUUGAGUGUUUAAUUUUCCAAAAUCCAUUUUCUAGCGUACAAUUAAAGUGAAAAACACAUAAAUAGCAAUGGUUUCCAUCCGGCAGGCGAUAAGCUUCGUGCUAUCGCUGUUGUCUUUCAUUUCGGUGUUCUAUUCGGUCGGAAAAUUGGCCGUUUUUCUGGCCACGCCUGUGCAGCUGGACCUGAAGCACAUCUUGUUUCAGAGUGUUUUGGAUGAUCGGAACCUGCUGAAGGCCACCACAUUCUCGCUGCUGUUCAACUCGGUGUGGAUCAUUCUGUUUGUUCUCCAACAUUCGGCCAUGAAGAGUCAUGCGGUCAAGAGUUUGUGGCGCAAGCUAGGUCUCGAGCUAGCCGAACGCAGCAUCUACAAUGUGGCCUCCGCUUAUUGUUUACUGCUGUUGCUGAAGAAUUGGAAAACGGCUCAGUCCUACCAGUUGUGGCACAUCGAUGUCAGGUCCAGUUCAACCUUGUGGUGGACGUUUGUCUCCGCUCACGUUAUUUCGUGGAUCGUAAUCUAUGGAGGUAGUUUGUUGAUGGAUCUUCCCGAGCUUAUUGGACUUAAACAGAUCUAUUACGACAUUAACGAUUUGGCCCCGCCGAUGAGCUACAAAUCUCGGGAGUUGAAAAACUUUUACGCUCGUCUGCGUCAUCCAUCCUUUGUGGGACUCUCGGUGGUGCUUUGGAUCACCAAUAGUAUGAGCUUGGACCGUCUUCUGCUGGCCGUUAUUUGGACUGUUUACAUGUACUUGUCGUGGAAUACGAACAAAACGGAUCUUGAGUAUCACAAAUAUCAACUUGGUCGCAAAAAGACGGAGCUGACCGGAGUAACUAAAUAGGUAUUUUUUCUAUUUAUUAAUUUUAAUCUGUCUACAUGUUCAGGCAUAUCAAUUCGAGAUUCACUUAAAUGCCUUAAUAAUCCUUAAAUUGGGAUUAACAUAUUCUAAAAAAAAUUGCUAUUAGGUAAACCUUUUUCGUAUCGUCAAAGAUUAGAAAUUGAAGCACUAUUCAGAACCAUGAUAGUUUGAUCUUAACUUUUAUAAGAAAGGAAUAGAACAAAAAAUAAUAAAGUAAUUGUAAAGGUUUAAACAUUUAAAAAGAAAUCACGCGAGGAAGAAUGACCUUAAUGGGUUAUAUUCCUAUAAAAAAGGAAAAAAAAUCAAUCUAGUUGAACCUGUCGCCAUCUCUUUUAUCAUAUUUUUUAAUUAUAUCUGAUCAAUUCAAUUAUUUAAAUUAACCAAAAACUUGUGUAUUAUUUAAUGGCACAUUGAGUCUGAUUAACAUUACUUACCACAAUAAAUUUAAAGGUAUACAUUAUAA